CUGCUUUCUGGGUCAACUGUACCAACGUGUCGUCAUGAUGUGUUCGCCUCGAUUCCGACUGCCGUUGGGACGGCGACGAGACCGAGGCGAGACAAGAAGUGCAGAAGAGAAGACGGAAUGGCAUCACCUUGUCCGAUUAAUCCACCACCAGUCCGUCGGUCACCGGAAGCGACCCAGACGGAUCGCGUCUCUAUUCCACAAGCACUGAUGGCCUCGAAACAGAUGAUACCGAAAAUCAAGUAA